AUGAAUGCUAAAGUAUUAAUUCGAUGGUUUUAUGAAACGAUAUUUACUUACAAUCUUUUCAUACCUGAGGAAAAUGAAGAAGGAGAUCAUGUGCCAACGACUAUUCAACAUCAAAGAUAUGCAACCAGACUUUAUGUUCUUCUUUUGAUUUUGGCUAUGUACAUUAUCUUCUUUACAGUUUUCGUUUAUCCACAAACAGAAACAGUAACAAUUUUGCAUAUUACUCCAUCGUUAUUCAAUCAGCUUCGAAGUGAUCACGGUGAAACACUUUCAUGUCCAUGUUCGACAACUUUCAUAGCAUACGAAAACUUUGUUCUCAACAAUCUAUCCAUAGAUCCACUUUGUUCAAGUAUUUUCGUUAGUGAACAGUGGAUACAAUCAUUAUAUGUGCCAGUUGCUAGUUCUUUUCUCAUGAUGGACUUUCGAACAACAGCUUACUCUCAAUUUAAAUUACUUGCAGCAUUUUGUAUACUUGCUCAAGAGAUGAUUUCUCAAGUUCUUACCGAUAUCGACCAUCAACAAUUGGUCAGCAUUGAACUUUUAACAAACGAUAAUGUUCAAUCUCAAGUCGCCGAAAAUAUCAAACUUAUGCGAGCCAAUACAUACGUACAGAUGAGUUCCUCUCUAACUUUCAUGCGAAUCAUAGCUCGAUCCAAUUCGUUAAUCUCUGCGCUGAAUACCAAUGCACAUUUUUCCAUAACGGCAAUGGAUAACGAAACAUUUUUGCUCGCUAUAGAUUCUACAGUUUACUAUCGUAAGAAUAUGCCGAUGUUUGUCUAUACAAAAGGUAUAUACAGUUGCAAUUUGGUAAAUUCAAUUGUACCUACUGGCUUCUACUCAAUACCAUAUGGCGCUCGCAAUAUUUAUGAUAAUUAUUGGCCCGACACUCCGUUAUCUUCUACAUCUUUCAAUAUUUCUAACGUUAUCGAUGGAUACUUCAGCGGUUGUACUGUACUCGAUGGCCUAUUCGUUAGUACAUUGGAUUGCUUGUACAGUCCCCAAUGUCUCGAGCAAUUAACAAGUUACUUUCCCGACUUAAACCAAACUUUUAAUUUCACCAAUUCGCACCUAUCACCGAAUCAUCAGAGUAGUUCUUUUUAUGAACGUCUAUCUGACCUCUUUAUCCGCAACUGGUCAUCAACAAUCAACUAUUCGAAAUAUUUUAACAAUUGCGCACCUCUUCUCUGCACAUUUACGGCCACCAAUCAAGCCAGUCUAUCCUAUACUAUUAUUUUCCUACUUAGUUUAUACGGCGGCUUAGCCAUUAUAUUCCGUUUGAUCGCACCCAUUUUGAUUCAUAUUUUACUAACAUUUAAAAUUCAGGCACCACCAAUUCAAGAGACCCUUCAGUGGGUGAAACAAAUUAACUUGUUCAAAUCAUUUCGUGAUCCAAAUAUCGAUUCGACAAAAAAACAAUAUUUGAUUACGCGGAUCUACUUGAUGUUACUAGCAGGUGCAAUAUUAACUCUUCUUCUGUUCACUUCUUUGAGUACUCAUGUCACUACAAUGCCUGUACCGAACCCAUCAGCAGCUGUGUAUAGGAAUUUACACGAGAGUCAUCAAGAUACGUUGAAAUGUCCUUGUUCCACUACAACAGUACCGUAUCGAACGUUUAUUUCCCUGUCUCCAAGUUUCCAUCAAGUAUGCUCAAGUGACUUCGUUAGUGACGCGUGGAUAACACUUCUCAGCCUUGUUCGUUCUGGGUCAUAUGAUGAUUGGCUUACUCGAGCUGUUCAUCAAUUCCGAUUAUUGUCAACCGUUUGCAAUUUAGUUAAUACGACAAUCUUUGGUGCGGUUCAACGUCUUAUCACUCGUUCACUAGUUACAUUUAAUGUUCUCACUGAGAACGAUUUCAAUACUCAAUUGAACACGACCGUCAAUCAAUUUAUUCAAUCGACAGUUAUCAACUUUGGUCUUCUCUUAGAUACCGUACACCUUUCACUGCGGACUGAUCAACCUUUCAAAGUACCAUAUUACUUGAAUACACUACUAUAUAGAAAAGUAGAUAAACUUUAUAAUCCAGAUUCAUGGAAGCUUCUAUUUUCUCUGACCGGGAUGUUUAAUGCCACCGGAAUAUUCAACAACUGCGUAUGUGCUAUCAAUCCCUAUUGUCAAAGACAGCAUGAUUUGUACAGUCGGAUAACUACAUCAAAUGAUACCCGUAUGUAUACGAUAACUCAUACAAUGCCAGGUUCGAUUGAUGGUUGUUAUGCUCUCGAUUCAUUUCUUUUCUCAACUCUGGAAUGUUUCUAUUCGAAUUCAAAUUGUCUGUCGACUCUAUUAACCUAUAUGAAUAUGACAUACAAUCAGCUAGACACAGAAAUACCUUGGUUUAGUCCCACACCUCUUGAUUAUGAUCCAUUGUCCAAUGAUUUCCUUCCUAAUUCUUCUUUUUCGGUUAUCACAAAAGAAAUGAUGAUUGAACAAUGGAAUUAUACCGCUUCUUUCGAUCAGUACUACGAAACAUGCGCACCAAACUACUGCACCUAUUCGUACACGGCUCGAACAUACAACUAUAUCGGAGUCAUUGCUAAAAUCAUAUCGACUAUUGGCGGUCUCGUCAUUGCUUUGAGAUUGAUCACACCUCAACUGGUGACUUUUCUCUAUCGGAUCUUCGAACCAAAAAUCAAAGCGUCACAUGAGAAUCAAAUGUCAUUCUUCACACGGAUGAAAAUAUUAUUGCAAAGUUUUCUGAAAUCGCUUUAUACGGAACUAGUCAAUCUGACGAUAUUCCCAUCGUAUAAUUUUGGGCAUGUCGAGAGUCAGAAGAAAGCAAAAAGAUUGAACCAAUGGGCUAGUCGUCUGUACGUUUUGGUACUGAUCAUUGGAAUUGGAAUUCUCAGUCUUCAAACUCUUAUUCAACCGGAAACUUUAACAAAGACUUUCGCAAGGCCGUCUCUUGAAAUGUACACACACCUUUUGCAAGAGCAUGGUGAUUUAGUUCACUGUCCUUGUUCGAUAACAUCAUCAACCUAUGGUAAAUACAUCAAAAUUGAACCCAUUUUUCAUCAGAUCUGUUCAAGUGAGUUUGUUUCAGAAGAGUGGCGUAUGAACACUACAGCUGGUCUUAUUUCCAAUCUGUUCGAUUAUGAUCGGCGAGAUUAUCGUCGUUUCCUGUCCGCUCACUUACACUACCUUGCUGGGCUAUGUUAUCUUUCUAAUCAAGCAGUCAAUGCUUUUAUUCAACAAAUUCUUUCCUCCUUAUUUGUCACUAUUCAACUUCUACCGAAAUUAGUUUUAAAUACACAAAUUGAAGCGCUUAUCGAACAAAACGAAUCCAAUGUUCCCGCAGUACUCCUUCGCCUUAUUUCUCUUUAUCGAAAUAUCAAUCAUGCUAAUGCUAUCGUAUCGGCCUAUGGAACAAAUUAUGACUACCUCUUGCCGGAUAGAUUUGGAAGUAGAAUCAUUGCUAAUGUCAUGCGAACUCAGGGAAUUGUUUAUGAUGAGAAUUGUUCGUGCGAUAUGAAUGCAAGUUGUACUAUUCCAGCGAAUUUGAUACAACGAAACUCAUCUGAAAUUAUUCCUAUUCAAGGACUUCGGAUGGGCUGUACGCCAAGUGAAUCGUUUUUGGCAUCGACGCUUGAGUGUUUCUAUAACUCAUCAUGUAUCAAUCUCAUCUAUAAAUAUAUCAAUUACUCAAGCAAUGCUAAUUAUACAAACGUUCUCAAGUCUCCUUCGAUGAAUGCAACUGUCAGCGAUCUGAUUAGUAAUCUUUUCAUCGAUGAUUGGUCCCUGACAAUCAAUUACUCGCUAUAUUUUAAUCAAUGUUUACCUACCGUGUGUUCAUACACUUAUGUGCAGAAGUUAAAUUCGCUUUACACAAUUACGCGUCUCCUUGGUCUCUGUGGUGGUCUUACUGUUGUUCUCAAAUGGAUUUGUCCAAUCUUGACUUGUUUACUUGCGAAAAUCUUUGAACGUCGGAAGAAAAGAAUCAAACGCAUUUCACCGAUUUAUUUUAUUCCUAGUGGAGAUAAUCAAAUGACAGCAGACAUUCACCACAUCACACACGAUUGUUUAUUGCAACGGCAUACAAUAAUUUUUGGCAUCGGUUUUCUCGUACUAUUAAUAACAAUCAUUACAAUUCCAACUGUUUAUUUGAUUCAACGGGAGAAGAAUGCCUCUCUAUCAACAGUCUCUAUGAUGAAAACGACUACACUGCCAACAUACGAAAACAUUUCAAGAACAACAUCGUUUGUCGCAAAAGAAACAGAAUGUCAGUUAGCAUUCGAAUCGCGUAUUAUCUUCUCGCAAAAAUCCUCCGUUUGGCUGUAUUUUUUUGAUAUUGGUGAUUUCAAUGAAGAUAGUUAUUUAGAUCUCGUUGUCCUUACUGCUUUCAAUAACAACAUAACCAUACUACCAAACAAUGGAAAUGAAACGUUUGGAGCAAGCUUAAACAUUUUGAAUAUAACUGCACUUUAUGGAACGUACAUUGUUGUAGCGGAUGUUAAUAAUGAUAGUCGAUUAGAUCUAGUUACUUCCAACUCAUAUACAAGUACUCUACAAGUCCUACUAGGCACAGGUAAUGGAUCAUUUGAGCAAUGUUCACUAGUUUCGCUUGCGCCGUCUAAUCAAUCGAUGUCGAUGACUGCAGCUGAUUUCAAUGAUGACGGUCGAUUGGACCUAAUCAGUUCGAACUAUAUGACAUCAUACUUAGGUAUCGUGUUUGGUGUUGACAACGGAACGUUCGAAAAUCGAAUGACAUUAUCAACUGGAAAUAGCAGCGGUCUAUCGUCAAUUAUCGUCGGAGAUUUAAAUAAUGACCAUUAUCUGGACUUUGUUGCUGUGGAUGCAAUUCAGAACAAUCUAAAACUAUUUCUUGGCAAUGGCGAUGGUACAUUUCAAAAUCAAACAACUAUAUUGAUGGAAUAUAACAGCUAUUUAGGAUCGCUUGUAGCUGCUGAUUUCAAUAAUGAUAAUUGCUUAGACAUUGUUAUUCUUGAUAUACUAAAUCGUAGAUUAAACGUCUUUCUAGGCUAUGGAAAUGCAAGUUUUAAGUCAAUGCUAUCGUUUACAACAGGACACUAUAAUACUCCAAGAUCACUAGUUGCUGCAGAUUUUAAUGGUGAUCGAUAUUUAGAUGUGGCUUUUGCCAAUGAUUUCACUGGCGACAUAGGAAUCAUGCUUGGUAACGGUAACGGAACUUUCAAAGCACAAACACGCUACUCAGUUGGAAAUAGCAGUACGCCGGAACUGUUGAAGACUGGUGAUUUCAACAACGAUGGGCGAUUAGAUAUGGCCGUAGGUACUUUUGCAUCGGCAGAAUUGAUCAUUCUUUGGAAUACUUGUGAAUGCUGUUAA